GAGGAUAGGCAGUUCAUGGAAGAUGCAGCUGUAUGCUGGACGUCCGGGAGGUAGAUGGUAUGCAGACCCGAGGCUGUGAUGAAGCGCUGGCGUGCGCUGCAGCGGCUGACCUGCCUGGCACAGGCCUUAGAAGAGCCGCUGGUCUCUGAGAUAGUUGGAGUUGCUCCGGAGAUGGAUACAGCCUCGUGGAGAAGACCUCGGCGUCUGACGUCAGCCAGGCAGACGUACACGGUGAGGCUCGCACUGUAGACGGAUAAUCCUAAUCCCGAGGAAGCUCCUGUCCUUAUAAAUAAUGGAAGAAAACUCAGAAGAAUUAGACAUGGCGGCGGUAAUAGCGAUAGAGGAUAGUGAUGGUGAUCCAUCAAACGGAGCAGAGUUACCAGCUGCCGAGACCUCGUGUGAGGACGAUGUAAGAGAAGAACCUUUGCAAAUUGAAGAACCAUGCAGCAAAGAACGUAAUGCAGAGGAUGGUGGGAAAGUUUCCCUGGAUCUAGAGAGCACAGGAAAGCAUAUAUCUAUCCAGAAAGAACUUUCUCACCUAGAAGCUUUAGCUGAACAAAGUGAUGGUCUGAGGAAACCUUGUCCCUUGUGUCCCGAGCACAGGUUUAGGCCAUGUCACAUAAAUAAGCUUCUUAGGCACCUGCAGAACCUUCACUGGAAAGUCUCUGUUGAAUUUGAAGGCUACCGAAUGUGCAUCUGUUGUUUACCCUGCGUACAAAAUACGGCGCAAAAUGAAAAUGAGAUGCCGGGUAAGAUGAGCGCUCAUUACCAUUGUAUUAUCUGCUCUGAAGCAGUGGCCCGAAGAAGAACAGAAAUGAUAAGACACAUAAAGAGACAUGUCGAGAAAGGGGAAACCAAAGCAACCUCAUCGUAUGGUAGACCACAAGAAGUUUUACAAGAGGCCAACACUGAGGUUCAGGUUCUUCCAAACUUUCAGACUCCACAGAAAUCUGGUACUUUUUUCAAUCCUGUAAUGAAAACGAACAGGCAGCUGAUAUUUUGCGCUCUUGCGGUACUGACCGAAGAGAGGAAACCAUUGGAGUGUCUGGAUGCUUUUAGUUCCACAGGCAUCAUGGGAUUGCAGUGGGCAAAGCACCUUAAUAAUUCGGUAAAAGUCACCAUCAAUGACAUCAGCGAAAGCUCUGUGGCCAUGAUCCAAGAAAAUUGCCGCCUUAACAAGAUCAGGGCAGUGAUGAAAAACGACGAGGCGCCUGAAGUGACGUCUGAAGUUACAGAUGAAGACUAUGUGGGCUCCGUAGAAGUCACUCAGAUGGACGCCAACAUCCUGAUGCACACGCGGUCCUACGAUUUCAUACACUUGGAUCCCUUUGGAACGUCUGUGAAUUAUUUGGAUGCAGCAUUUCGUAACGUUCGGAACCUGGGCAUCGUUUCGAUCACGUCGACGGACACCAGCUCUCUAUAUGCUAAGACCGUGCAUGUGGCAAAACGCCAUUACGGCUGCAACAUCAUCAGAACAGAGUACUACAGAGAGCUGGCAGCGCGCGUCAUCCUCUCAGCCGUUGCCAGGGCAGCUGCUCGGUGUAAUAAAGGCAUUGAGGUCCUACUCUCGGUGGCUCUGGAGCACUUUGUGCUGGUGAUUGUCCGGGUUCUUAGAGGACCUUCCCUCGCCGAUGAGAGUAUGAAGAUGAUCAAUAAUCUGAUUCACUGCCAUUGGUGCGAGGAGAGAAGCUUCCAGAAGGAGGGGAACAUGAUAGAAGAGAACCCGUACAAACAACUACCAUGUGACUGUCACAAAAGCAUGCCGGGGAGAUCAGCCGUCGUGCUUGGUCCCGUAUGGUCGGGAUCCUUAUUUAAUGCUGGGUUCCUGAAGAGAAUGCUGUUUGAAGCGACAACACAAGGAAUCCCAGAAGUCCUUGCGAUACUGAAGACCCUGAUCUGUGAAUCUGAAUGCACGACUCUGAAACAGUUCUCUGCGUAUCCAAGUCAAGGCGCUCAAGCCGAAGAAGGAGGCGUUUUCAUUAAAGUACCAGAAGGAGACAUUUCAGCAGGUUUAGGGAAAAGGAAAAGUCAAGAAACGACUGCAAAUCAGCCGAAAAGACUGAAGGGUGAAGUCCGCACUGAGCAUCCUCCAUUUUAUUACAGUAUUCACAGGCAUGCCAUCGGGGGCCUGAACAUACCAAAAUUGAACAAAAUCCAGCAGUUGCUCUCAGAAGCCGGGUUCUUAGUGAGUCGGACCCAUUUUGACCCCACAGGGAUCCGGACCAAUGCCAAUCUGGCCACACUGAAGGCUAUCCUGCAGAAGAACAGCAGCCUCACUAACACUCCACAGGUCGGCAGCUACAAGGAGGGCUCCGAAGGUCAAGGGGAGGACGCCACCCCUCUGCAGGAGGACGCCACCCCUCUGCAGGAGGACGCCACCCCUCUGCAGGAGGACGCCACCUUGUCAUAAAGUAAAAUUAGUUGUCUUUGUUAUGAAUUGUUAAAACCCCAAUCCACUAUUCUUCUAGAAAAAGAACAAACUGAUUGUUGGAUAAUAAACGUUUAAUGUUACUUUAACCGUU